UUUUGACAUAAAUCUGGAACAGCAAUAGAACGAAAGUCGCGGGUGCCUGACGUGUUUAUUUUUUAUAAUAUGCUGAAUGAGAACGAAAAACUGAACAAAGAAUUCGAGGUUGCAGAGAGGAGAAAGGGCAGAGAUGGAGAAGGUGCACUUGUACGUGGAUCGACUGUCCCAGCCGUCACGGGCUAUCCUCAUUUUUUGCAUGGUAAAUAAAGUUGAUUUUGAAGAGCAUCUUAUAAACCUGGCAAAGCGUGACCAUAAACAACCUGAAUUUAAAGCUAUCAAUGCUUUGGGAUAUGUUCCAGCAAUUGAUGUUGGUGGUUUUAAGCUUUUUGAGAGCCAUGCAAUCUUGAGGUACCUAUGUUAUGCAUACCCUUGUGUUCAAGAUCACUGGUAUCCUUCUGAUCUUGCACAAAGAGCAAGGAUUGAUUCUAUCUUGGAUUGGCAUCAUUCAAAUUUGCGUCGGGGUUCAGCUGGCCUUGUUCUCAAUCGCGUACUAGGUCCUGCGCUGGGACUGCCCUUGAAUCCACAAGCUGCAUCUGAAGCAGAAAAUCUUCUGAAAUUAUCCCUUUCAAAGCUUGAAACAUUUUGGCUUCCAGGAAAUGACAGAUUUUUAACUGGCAGUUAUGAGCCAUCCAUUGCAGAUCUUAGUCUUGCUUGUGAAGUGAUGCAACUAGAGCUUUUGGACAGGAAUGAUAUUGAUAUGCUUCUAGGUCCUCGUGAGAAGGUCAGAAAAUGGAUUGAAAAGGUGAAGAAAGCAACAGAGCCUUACUUUGAGGAAGCCCAUGAUAAACUUUACAAGGCAUCCAUGAGACUUCAUGGGAACAAGCUCCAAGUUAAUUCAAAUGGAACUGCACUUGCACUUGACUCAUCAAGGAAAGCGCUAUCAUCAAAACUAUAGUGAGACAAAUAAAAGCUAGACAUGCUUUCAUUGCUUCUCAUAGACUGAUGGUCUCGUCGACGUCAUUAUAACUCAUUCAUUCAUUCUCAACCUGAAGUAUUAAACUUUCCCUCUAUACAAUUAUAUGAUUGUGCUAUAUAACCAUGGUAUUUAACCCUAAAAUCUGCUAUUUAACGAGCGAGGUGGGAUUCUGGAUGAAGUCAAUGUUUUGGUAAAUGGGAUUGUUUAUUCUUUAGAUGCCAAAGCACAUAAUCUAAAUUGUAAGCCUAUUCUAUGAUAUUAUGGUUAAAAUUUAAAGAUAAAAUUUGAGAAGAAUUAGAAGAUCUA